GCGGAUCGCGGUUACAUGUUGACACGACAAUGACAGGCGGUCAGCCACACGGAAAAGGCCGACAAAACUGUAUAGUCGUUUGCAGCAGAAUAAGUUAUCGAGGUAGAGAGAUUUCAAAUAAGUCAGAACACCUUGGGUUCCAUGGCCAAUUUGCCACCAGCCCUCUUAUUUCUCUUCCUCGGCAUCACUACCCUCUCCGUCACCUGUCGUAGCGGCUGGGCUCAACUAGUGCAUGCUAAGAAGACCUACCACGCCGGCCGAUCGCAGUGUUUGCAGUCUACUAUGCAAGCACAAGAAGGACAUUUUCGUCACUGGCAGGUAUUGAUGCUGCAGAUAUUGACGCUGUCAAAGCAGCCACAAUGACGAGGACAAAGGAGAAACGCAUUGUUGGUGAGGAUGUGAUAUGGGAUCUUUAAAUCGAUGAUCCCAUAUCACA